AUGGCAUACAACGGCCAAGGCCACGACUACGCCGGUGGUUCUGGCCACCAGCUUCACGACCUGCCCCCAGGAGGCAACUAUCAUAUGCCCCCCCACGAGCACGAAGAAGAGGCUGGCCGCUACCUCCUCAACGAACAGCCCGGCUCCGGCUAUGAGCACGACCGCCUCGGCGCCCCCCAGGCGCCCGAUCGUCCUGUUUCCACAUACAGCUUGACCGAGUCCUACGCUCCCAACGCUGGCCAGACCGCGCCUCAACCGCACCAGCCUGGCAGCUUUGACACAAGCUACGGUCAGCAGGGCGGCCUGCAAAGCCCAUAUGUCCAAGACCACGACUUCCCCUACGGCCGCCCCGCCUCCACCGUGGAGGAUGAGGAGGAGAGCUGGAUGCAGCGCCAGCAGCAGCCCGGCGGCUUCAACCGUGGCAACGGCGGCGGCCUCAAGCGCUUCAACACCAGAAAAGUCAAGCUCGUCCAGGGCUCCGUCCUGUCCAUCGACUACCCUGUUCCCAGUGCCAUCAAAAACGCCGUUGAGCCUCGCUUCCGCGACGUCGAGGGCGGCAACGAGGAAUUCAUGAAGAUGCGCUACACGGCCGCCACCUGCGACCCCAACGAUUUUACACUCAAGAACGGCUACGAUUUGCGUCCUCGCAUGUACAACCGCCACACGGAGCUGCUCAUCGCCAUCACAUACUACAACGAAGACAAGGUUCUGCUCUCCAGAACCCUCCACGGAGUCAUGCAAAACAUUCGCGACAUUGUCAACUUGAAGAAGUCGACUUUCUGGAACAAGGGCGGCCCUGCCUGGCAGAAGAUUGUCGUCUGUCUGGUUUUUGACGGUAUUGAAAAGGUCGACAAGAACACCCUUGAUGUUCUGGCCACGGUUGGCAUCUACCAGGAUGGUGUCGUCAAAAAGGACGUUGACGGCAAGGAGACUGUUGCUCACAUUUUCGAGUAUACUUCCCAGCUCUCCGUCACCCCCAACCAGCAGCUUAUUCGCCCGACUGGCGACAGCCCCCAGAACUUGCCCCCUGUUCAGUUCAUCUUCUGCCUGAAGCAAAAGAACAGCAAAAAGAUCAACUCUCACCGUUGGCUCUUCAACGCCUUUGGCCGCAUCCUCAACCCUGAAGUUUGCAUUCUACUCGAUGCUGGUACCAAGCCCAGCCCCCGCUCCCUGCUCGCCCUCUGGGAAGGCUUCUACAACGACAAGGAUCUCGGUGGUGCCUGUGGUGAGAUUCACGCCAUGUUGGGCAAGGGCGGCAAGAAGCUGUUCAAUCCCCUCGUUGCCGUUCAAAAUUUCGAGUACAAGAUUUCCAAUAUUCUCGACAAGCCGUUGGAGAGCUCUUUCGGCUACGUCAGCGUUCUUCCCGGUGCCUUUUCGGCCUACCGCUUCCGCGCCAUCAUGGGCCGCCCUCUGGAGCAGUACUUCCAUGGUGAUCACACCUUGUCUAAGAGUCUAGGCAAGAAAGGCAUCGACGGCAUGAACAUUUUCAAGAAGAACAUGUUCUUGGCCGAAGACAGAAUUCUCUGCUUCGAGCUGGUCGCCAAGGCUGGCCAAAAGUGGCAUUUGUCCUACAUCAAGGCUGCCAAGGGUGAAACGGACGUUCCCGAAGGCGCUGCCGAGUUCAUCUCCCAGCGUCGUCGUUGGCUCAAUGGCUCCUUUGCCGCCACCCUCUACUCCCUCAUGCACUUUGGUCGCAUGUACAAGAGUGGCCACAACAUUAUCCGCAUGUUUUUCCUCCACAUUCAGCUCCUGUACAACAUCCUCAACCUCAUCUUUACCUGGUUCUCUCUGGCUUCUUACUACCUCACCACUACUGUCAUCAUGGAUCUCGUCGGUACACCUGUUGUUGGUGGUCAAGGUGGCGCCGAGCAUCACGGCUGGCCUUUUGGCGACACGGCGACGCCUCUGGUCAAUGCGCUCCUCAAGUACCUCUACUUGGCAUUUGUUAUCCUGCAGUUUAUCCUGGCUCUUGGCAAUCGUCCCAAGGGUUCCAAGUUUACCUAUAUUGCUUCCUUCAUGCUGUUUAGUCUGAUUCAGACGUAUAUUUUGGUGCUCUCCGGCUACCUGGUGGCGCGCGCUUUCAACACGCCUAUUUCGGAACAAAUCAAGCUUGACUCUGGCGCAGACUUUGUCAAUAGUUUCUUCUCAGGAGAAGGAGCAGCAGGUGUCAUUCUUAUAGCGCUCAUUACGAUUUACGGCCUUUAUUUCCUCGCCUCCUUCAUGUACCUGGACCCAUGGCACAUGUUCCAUUCGUUCCCCUACUAUCUGGUCAUUAUGUCUACCUACAUCAACAUUCUCAUGGUCUAUGCCUUCAACAACUGGCACGACGUCUCGUGGGGUACCAAGGGCUCCGACAAGGCUGAGGCUCUGCCCUCGGCCAACGUGACAAAGGGCGAGAAGAACGAGGUGGUUGUCGAGGAAAUCGAAAAGGAGCAGGAAGAUAUUGAUAGCCAGUUUGAGCAGACGGUGCGCCGUGCUUUGGCUCCAUUCAAGGAGGCAGAGGAGCUUGAGGCGAAGGACGUGGAAGACUCGUACAAGUCGUUCCGUACCGGCCUGGUCGUGUGUUGGUUGUUCUCCAACAUUGUUCUUGUGAUUAUUAUUACCAGCGACAACUUCAACAGCUUUGGCAUCGGAAAAUCGUCAUCCGUUCGCACCGCCAGCUUUUUCAAGUUCCUUCUGUAUGCCACUGCAGUUCUUUCCGUCGUUCGAUUCAUGGGCUUCCUGUGGUUCCUCGGCAGAACCAGUGUCAUGUGCUGCUUUUCGAGAAGAUAG